AGAGAAAUACAUGUCGGAAACGGAAGAACGCUAACGUGUUGACGCUGAACGGUCGUUGGGGUUUUUCAUUGUGAGGAAAAUCUCUUUGGUAGAGCAAUUGAAUUACCCGAAAAAAAGUUCAAUGGAAAGUUUAAAAAAAAAAAAUUGAAAUUAAAUAAUUGAUAAUUUGAAAUAUUAACGCGAUAUUGCAAAACAAGAAAUGUUUACAUUGUCCCCAGCAAUGGAGUCAUUAAAGUUAUAUCAUUUUUGACCACUAAAGGGUGCGGUAAUAAAAUAACACAUAAAUACAAUUUCCAUCAAGGAAAGCUAUCUGCAAAUGCCAACAAAAUUUGAGGAAAUAUCGGAAAAUAUUUUCUUUUUUCAAAACCUGUGAAAAGUGCAUAAAACCUAAAGUGAAACGAUAAAUAAUUGUUUGGAAUUUGUCACAAAGAUCUCAGUUGAAAUAUUGUGGUAUUCUGUAUGCAUGUACCUCCAACUGUCACACAUACAGUUCAUACUCCUUUCUGCCCCUCAGGCCCAAAAACGUGGAGCCUGACAGGGGAGAGUAGUAAUAGCGAGUGACUGAGAGAGAGAGAAGAAUUUAAGUAUUGUUUACCCAUACAUCUGUGUGUGCAUUUUGAAAAUAGAAAUGUGUAUUUGUGUGUUUGUUCAGUGACAGCUGAUUCGAAAAUAUACCGCUAGAAGUGAAACAACGGGAGAGAGCACGCAACUCCUCAGUGUUAGAGAAAAGAAAACAGAGCGCCCAGAAAAAAGAGAGAGCCUGUGCCGUUUUGCACGUUUUAUUAUUUUAUUAAAAGAACAACAACAGCAACAACAUUAGAACUUCUCUCUGGGCAAUGUGGUGGCGGGCCCCAUAACUCAAUCUAAACGAAUUUUAUUUACUACAAAGGACUUUUGGCUUUGCGUUGCGUUGCGUUGCGGCAGUAGCAACAAAAAAAAAAAAAAACAACAACCAUACAGUCCUUACAUCUUACCUUAUUCAAGCACGUUGUGUAUGACACGCAAAAGCCAACAACAAAAUUUAUUGGAUUUCCUCGAGCAAAAAACAAACCUGAAAACAAAUCAAAGUUCUGCCCAUACCACAGCCACAGGUGCCACCUUUUGCGCUUUGGCUUGUGUUUGUUUAAAAAAGGAUUAGCAAACCACCAUUACCACCACCAUCAUCAGCAGCAGUGGCAGCACUAACACACUCAACGCUCUUUACUAUCAAAGUGAAACACCAAAAAUAAAUAUUACAACGUAAAGCAUGAAGAUCAAUGAAAAAAUGGCGACUCCGAUAGAGGAAAAAGUUGAUCAAAAUUUAAAGAUCCGCACAGGGAUGGUAAAUGUCAGCGAUGGCAAAUGCAAACCAGAGCCCCUGAGACUGAAUUUGACGAUGGAAUUAGUGACGUUACAGAGAUUGGAAAUUGUCACACCCACAAAUGCACAAAAUGGUCCACCCAGUGAAUCAAAAGAACGCAUGGUACAAAUCACGCGUCAAAAACAAGGCGGCCUUGGCUUGAGCAUAAAGGGCGGUGCCGAACACAAGCUACCCAUAUUAAUCUCACGCAUUUACAAGGAUCAGGCCGCCGACAUAACUGGUCAAUUGUUUGUGGGUGAUGCCAUAAUUAAAGUUAAUGGUGAAUAUAUAACCGCCUGCCCCCAUGACGAUGCUGUGAAUAUACUCCGCAACGCCGGCGAUAUUGUUGUUUUAACCGUCAAACAUUAUCGUGCCGCAACACCAUUUCUGCAAAAACAAUUGGCAAAAGAUACACCUGACUCAGAUAACGACACAACAUGCGCUGAAUUAAAGGCUGACGAAGGAUACAAAUCCUCAGUGAAUAAUGGUACCAUAAGUCGUAGUUGUAGCAGACCAAUGUCAAUUUGUUCGGAGCCCGAAAAGAAAUGGGUGGACGUUGUGGCAGUUCCCCUCAUGAUGGCCUACGUAACGCGUUACAUUUACGGCACCGAUAAAUUACGACCCAAUGCCUUUGAAGUGCGUGGCAUAAAUGGCACAUCGACGGGCAUAAUACACUGUGAUGAUUUGGCCAUUUUAAGCCAAUGGUUGAAAUUGAUUAACGACAACGUUGUGGGCCUGACACAUUUACAGAUGAAACUUUAUAAUCGAAAUUUUGCCGUUGGUGAACGGAUUGAAUACAUGGGCUGGGUGAAUGAGGGUGUCAUCAACAACAACAUCUCAUGGCAAAGUUAUAAACCUCGAUUUUUAAUACUUAAAGGCACGGAAGUCAUGUUGUUCGAAACCCCACCGCUUAAUGUUGCCGGUUUAACAAAGGCCUUAGUCGUUUAUAAAGUCUAUCAGACAAUGUUUCGUGUUGUCAAGGAAUCCGAAACGGUGGACAGUCGCCAGCACUGUUUUCUGCUGCAGAGUGCCGGACAUGAGCCUCGCUACCUAAGUGUGGAGACACGACAAGAGCUAUUGCGCAUCGAGAACAGUUGGAAUGCAGCCAUAGUAACGAGUGUCAUUAAAUUGGGGCGUAAAACAUUUGCCGUUUCACAUCACGGCAAAAGUGGCGGUCUGACGUUGGACUGGCAAACGGGAUUUGCAUUGGCCGAGGGUGCCGACUCGGCCAUUGUGUGGCAGUAUAAAUUCUCACAGCUGAGAGGUUCCAGUGAUGAUGGCAAAUCCAAGCUAAAGUUACAUUUUCAGGAUCACGAGACGCGAGCUAUUGAAACAAAAGAACUGGAAUGUCAAGUACUGCAGAGUUUGCUAUUUUGUAUGCAUGCGUUUCUGACAGCUAAAGUUGCUUCAGUUGAUCCGGCCUUUUUGAGUUCUAUACAGCAGACUUAAACAGCAAAAACAACAGCGACAGUGACAAGAACAAGAACAACUCCUGAGGCUGAUAAUGAUAACGAGCGGUAAUAUUAUCUCUAACAAAAAAUUUACACACACACUCACAAAGGCAACAGCAACCAACUACAUUUCAAACAGGACUUUGUUGUUUGUUUGUUUUGUUUUUGUAAUAAUUGUAAUGCUUUAGUGACAAAGUAAGUGUAGUUUUACAGAAAAUUGAUUUUUUGUGGAAUGUUGAUUUUUGUUUUUGCAAAAACUUUUAAUGAUACGUAAGUAUUUUUGAAAAGAUAGAAAGAGAAAACAAUAACUACAAGGAGUAUUAUACAUAUACACGUAUAAGAUAACAAACACUCUCCCCUCCAUGGAGAGAGAGAGAGUGGUCUCUAUGGUAUUAGUGUAUACAACAAUAACAACAACAAAAAAUAACUUUAUUUGUCUUCUUAAUACACAGACAAACACACAACAAAAAAUUCCGUAGGAAAUUAAUAUCAAAUAAAGCUUCUAAAUGUUGUUACAACAAUAAUUUGGAGAGUCUUUAAUUUUGAAGACUUGUGUAAUAUCAAAGAAAAAAAUAAGAAAAAUCUUACACAUCUACCACACACAUAAUGACACUGAUUAGACUUAAUGAAGUAAAACAGAAAAAUCCAAAAGAAAUACAAUUUUUUUAGAUAACCAAUUUAUAUAAUAAAUUUGUAUAAAAAAAAUUGAAAAAAUUAAAAACUAAAUAUUUAUUACUUAUUAUCUACUAUGAGAAAAAAAUGAAAACAAAAUAAAAAAUUAUAUUAGCAAGAGACAAAAAGCUCAUUUACUAUAUAAACUAAAUUUUUAGCAAAGCUUAUAUAAUAUUAAACCAAAAAGGAAACACAUUUAUAU